AUGCAUGGUUUUUUGUUUAAAAUAUUUUUCAAGAAUAAGCAAGAAGCUGAGAGUGCAAUUGUUGUAUUGGUGUCGAUGUAUGACAAAAGUAUAGAAGAAAUGCUUUAUGGAAAAACUGAAUGCAAACAAAUUCUGGUCGUUCAUGAUAUUCCUGAUAUUGUUGUUCAAGUUUUGGAUCCCAAACUCGGCAGAAACAGAUACAUGUUUACUGCUAGUGAUAGAACAAAGAAGCUGAAGACAAUUCUUCAGUCAAGUCUGUCCUCAGAGUUGCUCUUGGAGAAGGUUCAGAACCGUGUUCUUAUUCGCGUCCUUGAAUAUACUCUCGACGUUAUCCCCAAUAAACCUGAGAAGUUCUGA